AUGCGGUGCGCGAACAAGGCAGCUGAGAGCGCGUCCGCACGUCUCUGUGCGGAUGCCGAAGCAGAAACAACAGCAACUGAUGUCUCAUCGGUUGCUGAAGCGACCCAGCCUGUGUCACUUGGUGAUGCAGGCGCUGGUCAUGAAGACACUCGUGUCUUCACAGAGUACGAGCUCGGUGUCUCGUACUCUCCUGAUACGGAUGACGGAUCCGUAUCGACGGCGAUUGAAUCUAAGCCGCCUGCCAAGCGUGGCAUGGACGAUGCUUUGCGUCGCAGCAUCUUUGGUUCAUCUGAUGAAUCAGAUGAACCAUCGCCGAAGAAAGCGCUCGAGAUCGCGAGACUCGGGCGCUAA